ACUUCUGUACCACUCCUUUUUUCAGCUUCCCUCUCUCUCUCUCUAUCUCUGCUAUUCAGCUAUUCAGCUUUCAUUUUGCAAACAAGAGCAGAUAAAGAAGUGAACAGGAGAGAGAGAACAAAAGAGAAAGGGAAGGCCCAGAGAAAAGAAGAAAUUAUCAGAAAGAAGAAAGAAAGAUGGGGAGAGGUAAGAUCGAGAUAAAGAGGAUAGAGAACUCAAACAACAGGCAGGUGACCUACUCAAAGAGAAGGAACGGGCUGAUCAAGAAGGCUAAGGAGAUCUCUGUCCUGUGUGAUGCUCAAGUGUCUGUGAUCAUCUUUGGUAGCUCUGGGAAGAUGCAUGAGUACUGCAGCUCUAACACCUCAUUGGUUGAUAUAUUGGACCAGUAUCACACACAGUGUGGGAAGAGGCUUUGGGAUGCUAAGCAUGAGAAUCUGAGCAAUGAACUGGAUAGGAUCAAAAAGGAGAACGAUAACUUGCAGAUUCAGCUCAGGCACCUGAAAGGUGAAGACAUAACAUCACUAAACCAUAGAGAGCUGAUAAUCCUAGAAGACAGUCUCGAAAAUGGCCUCACAUGUGUCCGAGACCAGAAGGAUGAGGUUGUCAUGACCCACAGGAGAAACCACAAGCAGCGGGAGGAGGAGACUAAGGAGCUCCAUUUUUUUGCGCAACAUAGAGACAUGAUGAUGGCCGAAAAUGCUAGAGCUGGGAACGAUGAAUACCAUCAAAGAAUCAAGGCCGACUUCGGCUCUGCCGCCUACCGUGUGCAACCGAUCCAGCCAAACCUACAACGAAGGUUCUAAGAACCCCUAUCUUGAGACGACUGUCUACGCUCCUGUGGGCUUGCUGUUGUACCACCAUGCAUGAAGUCUCUUAUAAAAUCUCGAUGCGAAAUAUAUAGCAGAUAUGGAAUAAGAUAUGUGUAUGCAUUGAUGCAAUUGACGUGCCUUGUCUUGAACCGUGCGCUUGAGUAUUUGAACAUGUCCUAGUGCUUCAGGUUGGCAGUCCCACGAACUUGGAUACAUUGUCUACCUUGUCCACCAUAUACUUUAUGCAGUUCAUUGCUCUACUAGA